UAAGAAGAAAAAAAGAUCAGGCAAAGGCGGAGGUUGGCACUCUGAAAAACCAAAAACCCUGAUAAAGGCGGCAGAGGAAGAAAUGGAGGAAGACACAACAGUAUACCAGCAAUUGCGAAAGCUAGCGGGUAUAACAAGGUCCGAGGAAGCGCUGGAUCACAUCCUAUCCACCCUCUGGAGGACUCGGCGAACCGGCCUCCGCCCUCCCGAUAAGUCCCACAUUCAGUCCCUCCUCAAUCUUCCUUCUCCCGCCGAACUCGAUCCCGUUUUGGCAUGCCUUCGUUCGCUCAUCAGAAAAUGCGUGCAUCACAACUUCACUGGCGAUGAUCUUCUGAAGCUCUUCCCACCCGAUCUUCCGCUCGAUCUUCAAACCCUUCUUGUGUUCUCGUUCCACAAGUAUCAGAAUCAGUGGAAGGACGAUUUAUCCAGAGAACAGCAUUCUUCGCCAAGGACCAGCGAGUCCUAUCAGGUGCCGUCUUUCCCAUCUUCGUCAGAUAUUUCUACUCCGCUAUGGCUUCGCCAAGAUGAUCCCGUUGCCCGACUGAAUCGCGGCGCCAACGAUCUUGGGGCUUUCGCUCAGAAUGUUGCUGUGUCGGGCCUCCAACGCGAGGCUCUUCUUCCCGACAACCCGGGAACUCUACCCCGCCUCAAGUCAAUGACUUGGACUAUGGAGAAUAGAGUGGCUGUCAUCAGCCUUAAGUCCAGAGUUAGUGGUCCAAUCAUGGCCCUGUUUGCUGCCAUUGAAGCGAGCCACUUUGAGCAAGCGUUGGCCUCUUGCUCCAGUUUGAGAAAAAAGCUGCAAGACUACAACAAGUCUCCUUUAGGUGAAAUGGAGGUGAAGUUUCAGCUUACUAGAGACACACUUGAAGCUAUGUUGAAAUCAAUGACCUACAUUAGUGAACAACUCUCAAGCAUGGUUGGGAAUUCAUUGGUGCCAGCACAUAAGAAGCAAAGGCAGUAAUUCCAUUUUGUCUUAUUCUGUUUCCUUUUACCAACAAUUUACAAUGCUUUUGAUACCCUAUUUAUGCUUUGUUUUCUAGUGAAGUUAUUACUUACCAAAAAAAAAAAAGUUUCGAUACUAUGCUA